UGUCCCAGUGUGACCUACGACCCCCUCCACAAGUCUACUCGUGACUUCCCUGAUGACGUAGUGAGUUUCAUGAGGGGUCACCACCUGAUGUGGGAACCCGUCCUACCCGUCACGCACCGCCCGGUCUUUACCCUUGUCAACGUGUCCUACACCCUACGAAGGGUGGUAGUGGAUCGGGUGGACGCUGUGGAUGGACAGUAUGAUGUACUACACCUGGGCACAGGUAAGAGAGUGUAAUAAUGAUAGUAUAUAGUAUUCAGUAAGAGAGUGUAAUAAUUAUAGUAUAUAGUAUUCAGUAAGAGAGUGUAAUAAUUAUAGUAUAUAGUAUUCAGUAAGAGAGUGUAAUAAUUAUAGUAUAUAGUAUUCAGUAAGAGAGUGUAAUAAUUAUAGUAUAUAGUAUUCAGUAAGAGAGUGUAAUAAUUAUAGUAUAUAGUAUUCAGUAAGAGAGUGUAAUAAUGAUAGUAUAUAGUAUUCAGUAAGAGAGUGUAAUAAUUAUAGUAUAUAGUAUUCAGGAAGAGAGUGUAAUAAUGAUAGUAUAUAGUAUUCAGUAAGAGAGUGUAAUAAUGAUAGUAUAUAGUAUUCAGUAAGAGAGUGUAAUAAUUAUAGUAUAUAGUAUUCAGUAAGAGAGUGUAAUAAUUAUAGUAUAUAGUAUUCAGUAAGAGAGUGUAAUAAUUAUAGUAUAUAGUAUUCAGUAAGAAAGUGUAAUAAUUAUAGUAUAUAUUAUUCAGGAAGAGAGUGUAAAAAUUAUAGUAUAUAGUAUUCAGUAAGAGAGUGUAAUAAUUAUAGUAUUCAGUAAGAAAGUGUAACAAUUAUAGUAUAUAGUAUUCAGUAAGAGAGUGUAACAAUUAUAGUAUAUAGUAUUCAUUAAGAACGUGUAAUAAUUAUAGUAUAUAGUAUUCAGUAAGAAAGUGUAAUAAUUAUAGUAUAUAGUAUUCAGUAAGAUAGUGUAAUAAUAAUAGUAUAUAGUAUACAGUAUUCAGUAAGAGAGUGGGUCAAUGUGCCCUGCAUCCUACACAGGGUAGUAAACAUGCCCUAAACCCUAAACCCUAAACCCUACGCAGCGUGGUAGUGGACAGAGUGGAUGCAGAGGAUGGACAGUAUGAUGUCCUCUAUCUAGGAACAGAUACCAGAUACCAAUACAGUAUGAUAUCCUCUAUCUAGGAACAGAUACCAGAUACCAAUACAGUAUGAUGUCCUCUAUCGAUACCAUACAGUAUGAUGUCCUCUAUCUAGGAACAUAUACCAGUUACCAAUACAGUAUGAGCUCUAUCUAGGAACAGAUCCAGAUACCAAUACAGUAUGAUAUCCUCUAUCUGGGAAACAGAUACCCAAUCCCAGUGAUGUCAUCUAUCUAGGAACAGUUUACCAGAUACCAUACAGUAUGAUGUCCUCUAUCUAGGAACAGAUACCAGAUACCAAUACAGUAUGAUGUCCUCUAUCUAGGAACAGAUACCAGAUACCAAUACAGUAUGAUGUCCUCUAUCUAGGAACAGAUACCAGAUACCAAUACAGUAUGAUGUCCUCUAUCUAGGAACAGAUACAAGAUACCAAUACAGUAUGAUGUCCUCUAUCUAGGAACAGUACCCAGAUACCAAUACAGUAUGAUGUCCUCUAUCUAGGAACAAUACCAGAUCCAAAUACAGUAUGAUGUCCUUAUCUAGGAACAGUCCCCAUACAGUAUGAGUCCUUAUCUAGGAACAGAUACCAGAUACCAAUACAGUAUGAUGCCCUCUAUCUAGGAACAGAUACAGAUACCAAAAUACAGUAUGAUGUCCUCUACAGGAACAGAUCCCAGAUACCAAUACAGUAUGAUGUCCUCUAUCUAGGAACAGAUACCAAUACAGUAUGAUGUCCUCUAUCUAGGAAAGAUACAAUACAGUAUGAUGUCCUCUAUCUAGGAACAGAUACAAUACAGUAUGAGUUUUCUCUAGGAACAGGAACAGAUCCAAUGGGGUAAGAGAAGUUUUAUCCCUUUGGGGUCAGGGUUCCCUUGAAAACCUAAAAACAAACCCAACAACUUUCUCCGAGAGAGAAGCAAACUCUUCAGGCUACUUUAACCGCGGGUUAACUAGGAAACCCGGGCAACCAGAGCCAUGGUAAGAAAAAAAACCCCUAUUAUAAGAGUGGGGGGAACCCCAAUAAGAAACCUUUUAAAAAAGGGCCCUUUAACCCGUAGGAAAAAAAAAGGAAAAGGGGGAGGAAGGAGUGGCAACAGCCAGAGGUUACAUGUCUCCUGAAAAACACACACACAAACAACACACACACAAACUCUCGCGCUAUCUAUAUCCGGAGCGCGCUGCGAGCAGAGAGAGAGAGAGAGCGCGAGAGAUUGAUAGCGAUAUAUCUCUCCUCAGACGCGCGCGAGAUAUGCGGUCGACGACUUCUCUUUCUCUCGAUCUCGUCUCGCUCUUCUCUAUCUAGCUAUCUAUCUCUCUAUUGAUUCUAUCUCGCUAUCUCUCUCUCAUCUAUAAUAACACUGACACUACCAAGCCCCCACCAAUCUUGGUCAACCUCUCAAGUGCAGAUCGCUAGUUCCUCAGCACACAGAAUAGAGAGAAUGUGUUUGCCAAGGGUGUCUGUCUUAAAAUGAUUCACUUAAUCAGGGUAGAGUUUAAGGGAAACACGCAGUCACAAGCGCGCACACACACACACACACACAAACGGCCAAGCGUGGGACGAGGGCGCAUGCACAAAACACUCACCACACGCACACACGCUAGCUCUCACAGUACAUACACACAACAAAUUCCUGGAAGGGGUUGGCUCUUCUUGAUAAUGUCAGGAUGGUCCCAGACCAGUGACCCUGGGAAUGACCUCUGAUCUAAAGGUUAACCCUCUGAGGUUAUAUAUUCUAACAUAAAUGAAUCACACGCUACCCACGCUAUCCCUGUCAAGGAGAUUAGGUUUGGGCCAACACACAUAACUUAACUAGUUCAACUUGAAGAAGCACACACACACACACACACACACACAGGCAUGCAAAGCAGGGACUGUUGAAGCAACACAGACAUAGACACAGACACAUGCAUACACACACACACACUACAACACACGUACUAUACACACACACACACACACACACAUGGAUUUAUGUUGUAGAUAUGUGGUUGUAGAGUAGGGGCUUGAGGGCACACACUUCAUGUGUUGGGAAAUCUGUUGUGUAUGUAUCGUAAUGUUUUUAUUUAAUUUUUAUUGUAUAAACUGCCUUAAUUUUGCUGAACCCCAGGAAGAGUAGCUGCUGCCUUGGCGGGAAGUAACAGGGAUCCAUAAUAAACCCCAGGAAGAGUAGCUGCUGCCGUUGGCGGGAAAGUAGUAUAACAGGGAUCCAUAAUAAAACCCAGGAAGGAGUAGCUGCUGCCUUGGCGGGAAGUAACAGGGAUCCAUGAUAAACCCCAGGAAGAGUAGCUGCUGCCUUGGCGGGAAGUAAAACAGGGAUCCAUGAUAAACCCCAGGAAGAGUAGCUGCUGCCUUUGGCGGGAAGUAACAGGGAUCCAUGAAUAAACCCCAGGAAGAGUAGCUGCUGCCUUGGCGGGAAGUAACAGGGAUCCAUAAUAAACCCCAGGAAGAGUAGCUGCUGCCUUGGCGGGAAGUAACAGGGAUCCAUGAUAAACCCCAGGAAGAGUAGCUGCUGCCUUGGCGGGAAGUAACAGGGAUCCAUGAUAAACCCCAGGAAGAGUAGCUGCUGCCUUGGCGGAAGUAACAGGGAUCCAUGAUAAACCCCAGGAAGAGUAGCUGCUGCCUUGGCGGGAAAGUAACAGGGAUCCAUGAUAAAACCCCAGGACGAGUAGCUGCUGCCUUGGGCGGGAAGGUAACAGGGGAAACCGGAAGAGUAGCUGCUGCCUUGGCGGGAAGUAACAGGGAUCCAUGAUAAACCCCAGGAAGAGUAGCUGCUGCCUUGGCGGGAAGUAACAGGGAUCCAUAAUAAAACCCAGGAAGAGUAGCUGCUGCCUUGGCGGGAAGUAACAGGGAUCCAUGAUAAAUACUAAUACAGAGCUAGUACGUAACGAGGACACCACAGCAUCAAUCGAUCAACGCGUGACGCACACAGUCAGGCAGGGUGGUUGGUUGGUUUGUGACCUUUGGGGUCUUUUAACUCACCGUCUCCAUUAAAGAUCACCAGCUGUACACUAGGAGACGUCAACCGCAAUCGAUUGUUAUUACCUAUGUGGGAAUAUAUCCACACUCAUCACGGGGGCGGCAGGUAGCUUAGUGGUUAAAGAGCGUUGUGCCAGUAACCGAAAGGUCGCUGGUUCUAAUCCCCGAGCCGACUAGGUGAAAAAUCUGCCGAUGUGCCCUUGAGCAAGGCACUUAACCCUAAUUGCUCCUGUAACUCUCUCCAUUCCUCCUCUAGAUGACGGCCAGGUGCUCAAGGUGGUGUCUAUUCCCAAAGAGGACAGGGAGCCCGAGGAGAUCAUUCUGGAGCAGCUGACUGUGUUUCAGGUGAGCUUCAGCGUCACCAUUACGUCUUCCCUUACGUGUCCCACUACCAAGUCAGAGUUUCAACUUCAGGAGCAAUAGGAAACUUCAUCUGAAUUGGGGGACCUAGUGCAGAAAACGUUACACCCAACGGCCUGUACACUUCACUGACAUUGAAUAGUGAGCAAUACGGUAGUAGCACCGUCUUGAUACCAUCUCUGAUAGGCGAAGUGGAAUAUCUACCAUAGUAAAAGCCUAGAUUUAAUCAGAUCAAGCGUUAACCUGGCGACAGGUGGUGUCAUCGGUGUAACUGCGUUGGAGCUGUCAAAAUCGGUGAGCAGCUGCUCUUCAAAUCAAAUUUUAUUUGUCACAUACACAUGUUUAGCAGAUGUUAUUGCGGGUGUAGUGAAAUGCUUGUGUUUCUAGCUCCAACAGUGCAGUAAUAUCUAACAAUUCACAACAAUACACACAAUACACACAACCUAAAAAUAAAAGAAUGGAAUUAAGGAAUAUAUAAAUAUUAUAAAUAUUAGGAUGAGCAAUGUCGGAGUGGCAUUGACUAAAAUACAGUAGAAUAGAAUACAGUAUAUACAUAUGAGAUGAGGAAAGCAAAAAUAUGUAAACAUUAUUAGAGUGACUAGUGUUCCAUUAUUAAAGUGGCCAGUGAUUCCAAGUCUAUGUAUAUGGGGCAGAAGCCUCUAAGGUGCAGGGUUACGUAACCGGGUGGAAGCCACCUAGUGAUGGCUAUUUAACAGUCUGAUGGCCUUGAGAUAGAAGCUGUUUUUCAGUCUCUCAGUCCCAGCUUUGAUGCACCUGUACUGACCUCGCCUUCUAGAUGAUAAGCGGGGUGAACAGGCAGUGGCUCGGGUGUUGUUGUCCUUGAUGAUCUUUUUGGCCUUUCUGUGACAUCGGGUGCUGUAGGUGUCCUGGAGAGCAGGUAGUUUGCCCCCGGUGAUGCGUUGGGCAGACCGCACCACCCUCUGGAGAGCCCUGCGGUUGCAUUUACAUUACAUUUUAGUCAUUUAGCAGACGCUCUUAACCAGAGCGACUUACAGGAGCAAUUAGGGUUAAGUGCCUUGCUCAAGGGCACAUUAACGUCAUUUAGCAGACGCUCUUAGCCAGAGCGACUCACAAAUUGGUGCGUUCACCCUAUAGCCAGUGGGAUAACCACUUUACAAUUUGGGGGGGGGGGGGGGGGGGGGGGGGGGGGGGGGGGUUAGAAGGAAUACUUUAUCCUAUCCCAGGUAUUCCUUAAAGAGGUUGCGGUUGGUGCAGUUGCCAUACCAGGCGGUGAUACAGCCCGACAAGAUGCUCUCAAUUGUGCAUCUGUAAAAGUUUGUGAGGGUUUUAGGUGCCAAGCCAAAUUUCUUCAGCCUCCUGAGGUUGAAGAGGCGCUGUUCCGCCAUCUUCACCAAACUGUGGGUGGACCAUUUCAGAUCAUCAGUGAUGUGUACGCCGAGGAACUUGAAGCUUUCCACCUGCUCCACAGCGGUCCCGUCGAUGUGGAUAGGGGCGUGCUCCCUCUGCUGUUUCCUGAAGUCCUCGAUCAGCUCCUUUGUUUUGUCAACAUUGAGGGAGUUAUUUUCCUGGCACCACACUCCCAGGGCCUUCACCUCCUCUCUGUAGGCUGUCUCCUCAUUGUUGGUAAUCAGGCUACUGUUGUGUCGUCUGCAAACUUGAUGAUUGAGUUGGAGGCGUGUGUGGCCACGCAGUCAUGGGUGAACAGGGAGUACAGGAGGGGGCUGAGCACGCACCCUUGUGGGGCCCCUGUGUUGAGGAUCAGGUGUUGUUUCCUACCUCUCAAAGCACUUCAUGAUGACAGAAGUGAGUGCUAUGGGGCGACAGUCAUUUAGUUCAGUUACCUUUGCUUUCUUGGGUACAGGAACAAUGGUGGACAUCUUGAAGCAAGUGGGGACAGCAGACUGGGAUAGGGAGAGAUUGAAUAUGUCCUUAAACACUCGAGCCAGCUGGUCUGCGCAUUCACUGAGGACACGGCUAGGGAUACCGUCUGGACCGGCAGCUUUGCGAGGGUUAACACGCUUAAAUGUCUUACUCACGUUGGCCACGGAGAAGGAGAGCCCACAGUCCUUGGUAGUGGGCCGCGUCGGUGGCACUGUGUUAUCCUCAAAGCGGGCGAAGAAGGUGUUUAGCUUGUCCGGAAGCAAGACGUCGGUGUCCGCGACAUGGCUGGUUUUCCCUUUGUAGUCUGUGAUUGUCUGUAGGCCCUGCCACAUACUUCUCGUUGAAAUGCGACUCCACUUUGUCUCUAUACUGAAGUUUUGCCUGUUUGAUUGCCUUACAGAGGGAAUAACUACACUGUUUGUAUUCAACCAUAUUCCCAGUCACCUUGCCAUGGUUAAAUGCGAUGGUUCGCACUUUCAGUUUUGCGCGAAUGCUGCCAUCUAUCCACGGUUUCUGGUUAGGGUAGGUUUUAAUAGUCACAGUGGGUACAACAUCUCCUAUACUCUUCCUAAUAAACUCAGUCACCCUAUCCGUGUAUUCGUCAAUGUUAUUCUCGGAGGCUACCCAGAACAUAUCCCAGUCAGCGUGAUCAAAACAAUCUUGAGGCGUGGAUUCCGAUUGGUCAGACCAGCGUUGAAUAGUCCUUAGCGCUGGUUUGAGUUUUUGCCUAUAGAAAGGGAGGAGCAAAAUGGAGUCGUGAUCAUAUUUGCCGAAGGGAGGGCGGGGGAGGGCAUGGUAGGCAUCCCGGAAGUUGGAGUAGUAGUGGUCAAGUGUUUUAGCAGCGCGAGUACUACAGUCAAUGUGCUGAUAGAACUUCGGCAGCGUUUUCCUCAAAUUUGCUUUGUUAAAAUCCCCAGCUACAAUAAAUGCGGCCUCAGGAUAUGUGGUUUCCAGUUUGCAUAAAGUCCAGUGGAGUUCUUUGAGGGCCGUCGUGGUAUCGGCUUGUGAUCAUUGUCACGAAGCCACACCCGUCCUACUCGUGUUAGAAGUUUAAAACGAGAAAGUGGGCUAGGGCAUAGGGUCUAGGGUCUCUUUGGAAUUAAUCAGCCUGAAUAGGAUUACUUUUCUCAAGUGUCCCAGUACCAUGUUGACCUGCCUGUCUGCAAUGUGAUCUGUUGACCUGCCUGUCUGCCAUGUGAUCUGUUGACCUACCUGUCUGCCAUACCAUCUGUUGACCUUCCUGUCUGCCAUACCAUCUGUUGACCUUCCUGUCUGUCAUGUGAUCUGUUGACCUUCCUGUCUGCCAUGUGAUCUGUUGACCCACCUGUCUGCCAUGUGAUCUGUUGACCUACCUGUCUGCCAUACCAUCUGUUGACCUGCCUGUCUGCCAUACCAUCUGUUGACCUGCCUGUCUGCCAUACCAUCUAUUGACCUACCUGUCUGCCAUGUGAUCUGUUGACCUACCUGUCUGCCAUACCAUCUGUUGACCUUCCUGUCUGCCAUACCAUCUGUUGACCUGCCUGUCUGCCAUGUGAUCUGUUGACCUACCUGUCUGCCAUGUGAUCUGUUGACCUUCCUGUCUGCCAUACCAUCUGUUGACCUGCCUGUCUGCCAUACCAUCUGUUGACCUACCUGUCUGCCAUGUGAUCUGUUGACCUACCUGUCUGCCAUACCAUCUGUUGACCUUCCUGUCUGCCAUACCAUCUGUUGACCUGCCUGUCUGCCAUGUGAUCUGUUGACCUACCUGUCUGCCAUGUGAUCUGUUGACCUGCCUGUCUGCCAUACCAUCUGUUGACCUGCCUGUCUGCCAUACCAUCUGUUGACCUGCCUGUCUGCCAUACCAUCUGUUGACCUGCCUGUCUGCCAUACCAUCUGUUGACCUGCCUGUCUGCCAUACCAUCUGUUGACCUGCCUGUCUGCCAUACCAUCUGUUGACCUGCCUGUCUGCCAUGUGAUCUGUUGACCUGCCUGUCUGCCAUACCAUCUGUUGACCUGCCUGUCUGCCAUACCAUCUGUUGACCUGCCUGUCUGCCAUACCAUCUGUUGACCUGCCUGUCUGCCAUACCAUCUGUUGACCUGCCUGUCUGCCAUACCAUCUGUUGACCUGCCUGUCUGCCAUACCAUCUGUUGACCUGCCUGUCUGCCAUAUGAUGUGAGCUAAGUGUUUCUGACAUCAGCACUGGCUGUUGUUUCCAUUGGGGCAAUCACAUACUUUACGAAACGAACUAACUAACUAAUUAACUAACUAAUUAACUAACUAAUUAACCCCCUAAGAGGAAAAACAGAUACAGAUGCUUCCCAAAUAAACAGACAGACUAACUCCUCUUAUGGAAGAAGAGGAGAGAGAGGGAAGAGGGGGAGAGAGAGGGAAGAGGGGGAGAGAGAGGGAAGAGGAGGAGAGAAGGGAAGCAGGAGGGAGCGAUGGAGAGGAGGGAAGAGGAAGAGGAGAGGAAGAGAGAGGAGAGGGACAGAGGAGGAGAGAGAGGGAAGAGGAGGAGAGGGAAGGAUGAGAGAGGGAAAGAGGAGGAGAGAGAGGGAAGAGGAGGAGAGGAGGAGAGAGAGGGAAGAGGAGGAGAGAGAGGGAAGGGGAGGAGAGAGAGGGAAGAGGAGGAGAGAGGAGGGAAGAGGAGGAGAGAGAGAAGAAGGGGGAGGAGAGGAAAAAAAGGGGGAGAGGAGAGAGGAGGAGAGGAGAGAAGGAGAGAGGGGAGAGAGGAGGAGAGAGGAGAAGAGGAGAGAGGGAAAAGAGGAGAGAGAAGAGGAGGAGAGAGAAAAAAGUGGAGGAGAGGAAGGAGAGGAGAAUAGGGGAGAGGAGGAGAGAGAGAGAAGAGGGGGAGAUGAAGGAGAGGAGGAGAGAGAGAGAAGAGGGGGAGAGGAGAAGAGAGAGGGAAGAGGGGGAGAGGAAGGAGAGGAGGAGGAGAGAGAGAGAAGAGGGGGGAGAGGAAGGAGAGGAAAAGAGAGAGAGUGGAACAACAAACACAGAACAAGAAGGCUGUGUUAUUUUAUUUAUUUGGGAAUCCAAACCGGAGCUAAAAUGUUUUCAACAACCCUCUCCAAACCGGAGCUAAAAUGUUUUCAACAACCCUCUCCAAACCACCAGAUGAAUGUCAGUGCAGAGCUCCGACUAGAGAAAAACCUGUAUUGGAUGUACAGUAUUAUUCAUGUUUAUAUGAAAUCAUUGGGUUUAACACGUGACUUUUCAUCUAAAACAAUUGCUAUGUGUAUUUACAAUCCCUUUCUCCAAACAGAUUACUCAUUUACCUAGCUCUUAUCAAUAGCUCUUAUCAAAUUAUAAAUUACAGUGCAUGGAGAAUGCUGUUAUUUCUAUCAGAAAAAUUAAAGUAGAUGCUUUUUCACUUAUUCAUGGUUUCCUUGCGCGUAAAUGGGGAGGGGGGGGGGGGGGGGGGUUGCUUUCAUAUGCCCCUGGCAGGCCUUGGGUACACGUUUACCGAAUAGCUCACAGAUGCAAGCGUAAUAAUGAGGUCAGUGUGUGUGUGCAUGUGUGUGCGUUUGUGUGUGUGUGCCCGUGUGUGUAAGUGUGUGCCCGUGUGUGUGUGUGUGUUUGUGUGUGUGUGUGUGUGUGGCCUGGGUCUGGUAGAGAGUUAGUUAGCUACACAUUCACACCGUUCCCCUGCAUCCUUUGUAAUACUAAUAACCCAUUUGAUCCUGUGUUCUGAUCCUACAG